AUCAUUCAAGGAUCACUCAGCCGGGAGGAAGCGGAGAGCCGCAAGGAUCUUUGCAAAGAUCGUCAGGAGCGCCCGCACCACAAGUUGACUCGCUUUGAUUCCUGUGCGCGUGUUUCCACUGGCAGGACCGAUUUGGAAGUUGCCACCUUUCGAAAAGUCAACCCCUUUCGCCGCCGACAUGUCCGCGCUGACGGCGCUGAGCGGCGCCGUGCUGCUCCUGCUGCACGUGUGCCAGUCGUCUUCGGAGCUGGCCGAGCCCGCCGGGCGCUGUCCCUCCUGCGCCCUGGCCGACAUACGCGGGAACCUGGGCGUCACGGCCCGGGCGAGCCAGGAAGAGGAGGCGGCCCAGCGGGAAGUGGUGGAGGCGGUCAAGCGACACAUCCUCAACAUGCUGCACCUCCACGCGCGGCCCAACAUCACCCGUCCGGUGCCCCGCGCCGCGCUGCUCAACGCCCUGCGCAAGCUGCACGUGGGACGGGUGGCGGACGACGGCAGCGUGCACAUCGACGGGGAGGCCGAGGGCAGGGGGCGAGCGGGGGGCGACGGUGGCGGGGCGGGAGGGGUCGCGACCCCACCGGCCGCCGCCCGGACCCGCGACGAGGACGACGAGCAAGACACCACCGAGAUCAUCACCUUCGCCGAGCCCGGUGAGGCCCGGGACACGGUGAAGUUCGUCCUUUCCAAAGACGGCGGCGGCGAGGCGUCUCUGGUGGAGCAGGCCAACGUGUGGCUUUUCCUGCGAUUGGCCAAGAACAACCGCAGCCGCACCAAGGUGGCCAUUCGCCUGUUCCAGCGCGGCGCCGCCUCGUCCUCGCCGCAGGACGACGCUUUGCUGAGCGAGAAGACGGUGGACACCCGCCGCAGCGGCUGGCACACCUUCCCGGUGUCGGCGGCGGUCCAGGCGCUUCUGGAAGGCGGCGGCGGCGGCGCGGCGCUCAGCAUCAGGGUGUCCUGCCCGCUGUGCGCCGACUCGGGCGCCACGCCCGUGCUGGUGUCCGGCGGCGGAUCGUCGCAGCAGCAGCGCGGCAACCGCCGGGAGCCGUCCCAACGGGAGCAGUCGCACCGUCCCUUCCUGAUGGCGGCCGUGCGGCCCGAGGACUCUGGCGACUCGCGGCGUCGGCGCAAGCGAGGCCUGGAGUGCGACGGCAAAGUGCGCGUGUGCUGCAAGCGCCACUUCUACGUCAACUUCAAAGACAUCGGCUGGAACGACUGGAUCAUCGCGCCCGGCGGCUACCACGCCAACUACUGCGAGGGCGAGUGCCCGCCGCACGUGGCCAGCAUCACCGGCUCGGCGCUGUCCUUCCACUCCAACGUCAUCAGCCAUUACCGCAUGCGGGGCUACAGUCCCUUCGAGAACCUGCGCUCCUGCUGCGUGCCCACGCGGCUGCGAGCCAUGUCCAUGCUAUACUACAACGAAGAGCACAAGAUCAUCAAGAAGGACAUCCACAACAUGAUCGUGGACGAGUGCGGAUGCUCCUGAACGCUAAUUUGCUCGCGUCAGGCACAGCCGCGCCGCGUCGGCUCGACGUCCGUCCUUGGGGCACUUUCAGAAAAACAGAAGAAGAAGAAAAAAGAAUAUUAAUAUAUUUUUGUUAAGAAUGGAGUGGGCGUGGCCUAUUU